AUGUCACAAUAUAUCGGUAAAACAAUCUCAUUAAUCUCCAAUAAAGGGCUUAGAUAUGUCGGCUUACUCGACAACAUUAACGCUGAUGAUGCCACCGUGGCGUUGAAAUCAGUUCGUUCUUUUGGUACUGAAGGUAGAAUGGCUCAAGCGGGUAACCCACAGGCUGAAGUUCCUCCAGGAACUGACGUAUAUGAAUAUGUGGUAUUCCGUGGCUCAGAUGUUAAAGACUUGAAUGUUUUAGAUAUCCCAAUUGAUGAUGUCAAGCCUGAACCAUAUGCUCAAUACUAUCAACAACCCCACCAAUCUCAACCUCCGCAACAAACUCAAAAGCAACCUCCACAACAACAACAACAACAACAACAACAACAACAACAACAACAACCAUCUCAACAGCAACAACAGCAACAACAACAAUCACAAGCCCAACCCCAAUCUCAACCGCAACAACAGAAGCAACCUAAACCAACUCCAACCACAACUGCAAGUGAAGCUCCUACAACAACCAAGACUCAACACAGUCCUGUUCCAGUAUCAAGACCUGUAGCCGAGACUCCCAAGGAAAAUUCCAAGAGCUCUUCGGUACCACAACCACAACCAGGUGCAAUUCCUGAAUUUGAUUUCGAAUCUGCAAACGCCAAAUUUACAAGAGAACAGGAACCUAACACUGCUGAACAACCAAACUAUAACAAGAAAUCUUCCUUCUUUGAUACCAUUUCUUCUUCCACUGACGAGAGAAACAACAUGAGAUGGGCCGAAGAGAAGAACCUUAACGUUGAUACAUUUGGUGAAUCAGCGCUUUCCCAAAGAGGCGGAAGAGGUGGUAGAGGAAGAGGUAAUGGAAGAGGUAGAGGUAAUGGUAGAGGAAACGGUAGAGGAAACUGGAGAGGUAGAGGUAGAGGUGGCCACCAAGAAGCCAAGCCUGAAUGGGCAUAG